GCCAAAAUCUGUCACGGAUUGCAUCGAUCGGAGCGGCGGCUGCUUUUCGUAAACAAUCCUUUCUCGUCGUCUAUCGUCGGUCACUGGACGAGUUUGCUUCUAGGAGGACUUCCGGAGGAAAUUCAAGAAAAAUCAAUACUUACGUGAAUGUGCGAUGUGUUGUGCUUGAUGUGAAAAUCAAAGAGAAAUAUUUCGCAAUGUUUUGCAUGUGCAGUUUGAUCUACGUGGCGCUCUUCAUCGGCUCUUUUCUGCUGAUUGGUUUGCUAACGGUGUUCUUAUUGCUACGCCAGAUAAUCAGAAGCCAGAAGAAUAAGCGCCGUUCCAACAACGAUAACGAUAAAUAUGUGGCACUGUUCCAUCCUUACUGUAAUGCUGGGGGAGGAGGAGAACGUGUCCUCUGGUGUGCGGUAAAAGCCCUCCAGAACAAAUACGAUGGCAUCAAAUUGUUCAUCUAUACGGGUGAUUUGGAGGCGACGCCAAAGGAGAUUCUGGGUAAAGCGGAGAGAACCUUCAACAUCAGUUUGGACAGCAAGAGAAUCAAGUUUGUGUUCUUGAAGAAGCGCACUUGGGUGGAAGCAAAUCGGUAUCCAUACUUUACCUUGCUAGGUCAGAGUUUGGGAUCUAUGGUAUUGGGAAUGGAAGCUUUGUUAAAACUCCAGCCGGACGUUUUCAUCGAUACGAUGGGGUAUGCUUUCACAUAUCCUAUAUUCUCAUACAUCGGAGGAUGUAAAAUUGGAUGCUACACUCAUUAUCCAACGAUUAGCACUGAUAUGCUGCGAAGGGUUCAGAAUCAGGUCAACACUUUCAACAACCGCGCCUAUGUGGCCAAGAACCCGUUUGCGACUUGGAUUAAAAUUGUCUACUACAGGAUUUUCUCCAAAAUUUACGGAAUGGUUGGCCGGUGUGCUGAUACAGUGAUGGUGAAUUCCAGUUGGACCGAGAAUCACAUAAUUUCUCUUUGGGAUGUUCCAUACAAAACUCAUCGGGUGUAUCCCCCGUGUGAGGUAUCGCAUUUGAAGAAACUUCAAUCGUUGGCAAGCGCCCACGACAAGAUCGUAAUCCUAUCGGUUGGACAAUUCCGCCCGGAGAAGGACCAUCCUUUGCAGCUGCAAGCCAUGUACGAAUUGAGAACCCUCCUGAAUAAGGACGAGGCGCUAUGGAAUCGACUUCGGUUGGUCAUCGUUGGCUCGUGUCGCGGCGAGGAAGAUCGGGAACGUGUGAAGAAUAUGCAAGACUUUGCCAAGCACCUGUCGUUGGAGAACUCGGUUGAAUUCAGGGUGAACGUAUCCUACCAGGAGCUGAUCCAGUGCUAUCAGGUGGCAACGAUUGGUCUGCACGCAAUGUGGAACGAACACUUUGGAAUCAGUGUGGUCGAAUGUAUGGCUGCUGGGCUGAUCAUGGUCGCGAACAGAUCUGGCGGCCCGCUGAUGGACAUCGUGGAAACCUCGGAAGGCAGCCAAAACGGUUACCUGGCUAUCGAUGCCUACGACUACGCCCGGUGCAUCGCCACAAUUCUGUACAACGGCCGGAACUACAACAACAAGAUUCGUGAAGCAGCGCGCGCCUCAGUGGACCGUUUCUCGGAGAAGGAGUUUGAAAACGGAUUCCUGCGGGCAAUUUCUCCCAUAAUUGACGAUAAAGAUUUUCGCUAGGUGACAAAGAUUUGGAAGUAGUUUUGUAAAUAUUAUCAAAUGUUAGUAGAUUUUAGCGUGUCCCACGCUUUCCAAGGUCUCUCAAUUGUAACGAAUAGAUUUUUGUUAGGACGUCUCUUAUAAUCAAUCAGGUUACAUUUAGCGCUAAGCCCAAUUACCCUACAAUUUACCACUGUAGAAACUCAAUGUGAGAAGGAAACAAGAUCGAAUAAACUUCUCUCGAAACAGUUUGAAUCAUUUACCGUAA